GUAUUAUGUAAAGAUUUUUAAUUAACACUCCAUGUCAUUUAAAUUAAUUAAGCUUGUUGCUUGCUGAUAUCAAUGCAAUACAGUGAUUGAUUUGUGUAUAUGUGGUGUACAAUGUCUAUGUUUAUUACACAUUUUGGUGGGGACGUCAUAUAGCAAUCAAAAGUUGGUUAAUUAAACAUUGGCUUUCAUUAUAUUGAGGAGUCUCUAUUGAAGGAUUAUAUAGUUUAUGAACGUUAAAACAAGACCAAGAUGACAGAGUUUAAUUUUCAAUGCAUGUUUGAGAAAUUCGAGCCACCAUCUGGAUUUAAAAGAGAUGCGUUUCUUGGAAAUAGCUUAGCAAAUGCUUGCCCAAAAUUGGACGAUAAUACUACAAAGAGGAAUACAGUAAAAGCUAAACCUAACAUUCAAGGACCAAAGCCCAAAGUAGCUUCAAAAUCCGAAGCUUUUGGAUCAAAAUCUAUUCAAGGAUCAAAAUCUUUUGCUGUAGCUUCAGAAUCCACAGCUUCAAAAUCCAAAGAUGUUGCAUCUAAACCUAGUAUUCAAGGAUCAAAACUCACAGCUGUAGCUUCAAAAUCCAUAGCUGUGGCUUCAAAAUCUACAGCUUUAGCGUCAAAAUCUACAGCUUUAGCUUCAAAAUCAUCAGCUAUAGUAACACAGUCCAAAGCUGUGGUAUCUAAACGAUCUGCAUCAUUUGGAGAUAAACUGGCUGCUAAGAAGGCCGUGUCAUUUUCAUUGGAGACAAUCCAAAUUGAUGCCCAUAGUAAAGUAUAUAAGAUGGUACAUAUCUAUACUUAUAGUCGUUUUGUUAAAGCUCUAGUGUUGUCCCCUCCCCUCUUCCUUCCCUCUUUUCCUUCCUCGAGCAAUUUUUAAUGAUUGAUAGUUUGUAGUUUGUGGAAGAGGGAUGAGGAAUAGAGGGAGGAAGCAGGGGAUUAAGUGAGGGAGGAGGCAUGGGAGGAAAGGGGGAAGAGAGAGGACGAGGAGGGGGAUUGAUUCAAAAAAUUUUUUAUAUCUUUACAAUAAUUCUCAUUUCAGUUGUCAGGAAGGCAUUUUCACUCUAAUGUUAUUAAACAUGAUUUAGCAAUUUGGACAGUGUGAACACUUCAUUGGAGGCCCAGAGCACAGUAAUAACUUUUGAGAUAAACCUCCCUGUUAAAGAAUUAAAAUUAAACAAUUGAAAGUAGUAUAAUAACAUAAGACACAGGUUUGUAGCUAAUGUAAACUGUCAUAGUUUGUUUGCCUUUUAAUUCUAGAACAACUGAUAUAUGUGGAUAUAUUAGGGAG